AUGGGAUCGCUGCCGUCAUGGCCGCCGCCGCCGCCGCCCGCGACGGGCAGACGGCCCUCGCGCUCCGCCUCGCCAAGUAUCUCGCGCUGCAGCCGGCAGCGGACGACGACGCCGCUGCGGACCCCGGGGCCGCCGGCGGCCGUGCACGCGGCGCUGGCGCUGGUGGCCGCGGGCGCCGCGCGCGGCGCCACGCGGGACCAGCUGCUCGCCUUCCUCGGCGCGCCGUCGACGGCCGCCCUCGCGCGCCGCGUCUCCCAGCGCGUCCUGGGCGACGGCCGCGGAUACCGCACCCUCGGCGGGCCGCACGUUCUGUUCGGGGGCGGUGUCUGGGUGGACGACUCCCGCGGCGGGCUCACCGACGCGUUCCGCGGAAUCGCCGCCGAGUCCUACAACUCCCAGCGAGUGCAGACCGUGAGUUUCACCGACGAGCCCAUGGAAGCUGUCAAGACGAUCAAUGAGUCGGUAAAGAAGGCUACGAACAGCCUCAUCGACGGCAUCAUCUGCGAAAGCGAUGUAGUCGGCGUUGCGACGGACAUUGUGCUCGCCAAUCUUCAUGAAGGCGUUCGGAACGAUAUUGAUCGCGUGCUUGAUGGGUUCAAGGUCCUCAAGCUCCCCUACAUGCCGUGGAGGCUGGUGAUGUGUGAAGAGGUUCAAGAGUUUCGCAGCUACGAGGCACGCUACUCCAUGCUUGUCUUCCUCCCGGACGCGCGUGACGGCAUCACGGCCAUGUUGGACGUGGUCACCGCAGCACCGGCGUCCCUGCAGGGCAUCUUGGACCAGAUGACGGAGAGGACUGUCCGUGUCAAGCUGCCCAAGUUCGAGAUCUCCUUCAAGUGGGAUGACCUCGAGGUGGACCUCCGUCGGCUGGGGCUCUCGCUGCCGUUCUCGACGGAGGAGGCCGACCUGCGGGGCAUGUGCGUGGCGGACGACAUCAUCGCUGAGGGGGACGAGCAGCAGCGCCGCCCUAUGUCUCUGAGGAAGGUUGCACACAUGGCGGUCGUUAAGGUGAGCGAGGCAGGCAGCGAGGGGGGUGAGCUCAACUCGUACCUGCGCGGCAGGCCUGAGCUCACCCCGGACUUUGUUGAGUUCGUUGCCGACCGUCCCUUCACCUUCCUCAUCCAGGAGGAGUGGUCCGGGGUGUUCGUGUUUGCGGGGCACGUCCUGGAUCCCACCAAGUGAUCGGCGCCAGGAUUCAACAAAGUCGCAUCCAUCUGCAAAGU